AUGGUUCAUCAUCAUUUAUCAUCAGCUUUGCCAUUGCUUACAUCUUCUCGUGAUGUUAUAAAUGCUCUUGAUCAAGUCUUAAAGCAUAAAACUUCUCGUAAUAACAGCAAUAAUAAUAAUAAAAAUACAAGUCAUAAUAAUGAUGAUGGUAGUGACGAUGAUCAUGAUAACUAUGAUGAUGAAGACGACGACGAUUAUGCUCCAAAUCAGUCUAUUGGUGGUCCUUCAAUCAAGAAAUUAUUUACGAAACAACAAGAGUCUUUAAAUAAAGGAUUAUCAACAACCAAGGACCCUCAAAUGCCGCCGAAAAUUGUUAGUUUCGAUACAUUGGAUGAAAAUGGUAAUAAAAAUACUAACAUUGCUCUGAUUUUAACAACGGUUUUCCUUCUAGAUGAUGCUGUUAACUAUAUAACAUCCAAGUCAUCACAACAAUCAAUUAACAUUAAAAAAAAUCUCAAUCAAAAAAUGUAUCAAGAAUUAAACAACCCAAGUCAAUUGUAUCACAACAAAAUAACAAACGCAAACGAGGAACAUUACAAGUAA